GGAUUGCCGUCUCUCUGUGCUGUGCUGGAGAGGCCCUGAACUCGCCGAGUCUCCAACACAACCCUAACUCUUUAGUCUCCUCCAUCUCCUGCCUCUCCUGUUUCGUCGCCCUCCUCCCCUUUCUUCUCCUCUCGUCUCCCCUCCUUUCUCGUGAUCUUCUCUCUUCGUUUCUCCUAUUACACGCUGAGGGACUCGCUUGGGAUCUUGCUAUGCCCUAACUCUUUCCUCGUUCACACGCUGCUGCCUCCGCCUUCCCUCUUCCUCGUUGCACACCGUAGCCGUCAAAGAACUGCGAAGGGCAGGUUGUAGACGAAGUAAAGCAGCAUGGUGCAAUUUAAAAAUAGAUAUAUGGUGAUGGAAAUUUUUAUUGAUGGAGAAAAAGAAUUGGUUGGUGGUGACCCAAAAAAGAUUCUUAGCUCAAACAAUGUCUCCAGAGCAAUUAAGGAUAGCAUUCAGUUGAAUUUUGGGGAGUGUGGUCUUGCCCUAUCACUUGGAUCAUUUCAAGUGAAAUAUCUCAAUGCCUUGACAAAGAUAUGCAUCAUCCGAACAUCUCAUGUGGAUCACCGAAAAGUUUGGUCUGCUAUAACAAUGAUAAGGAGCAUUGGGAAUUGCCCAGCUAUGUUUAAUUUACUUGACUUGAGUGGAAGCAUCAGAACCUGUAAAACAGCAGCCUUGAAGUGUGAGGAAAUGAAGUUUGAACAAUACAUAGUGGCUGCUGGAGAUCACUGUCCACAGGAUAUCACUGAUAUUAUGAAGGAAAGCAUAGACAAAAUCAAUGCCUUGGAGAGCUAACAAAAGAGAACAAAGAACAAAGAACAGAGAUACGCGUAUACCUGUCUUUUGGCGAGAUCUAUAAGCGCUGAGGGGGGAAAUUGGGAGUUACCACACGUAACAGUUCCUUUGACAUUUCUGAGAUGCCGACCAUAAACGAGGAGAAGAAAUGAGACAGCUGUGACGGCCUGCGUGUUGGCCAUCGACGCCCUGUGUAUGAGACCGCCUGCACACUUGCUUGGGUUAUUACUUCUGCUCUAAACAGGGAUUUUGCACUACUAAUACAUAUGCAUUUUCUUCAUCAAUUAGACGUCUCCUGUACUAAUAUUAGAUUGUUUGAUUUCUUUAAUUAUUAACUAUAAUGUGUUUAUAUAUAUAUAAUCUUCUCGAGAA